UCCCGCCAUCAAAAUCUCAGAAGCCUCCUUCGAUGGUGAAAGCCUAAUAGUGUUUUGUUGGAGCAUUUCUUCGCAACUCCCCCCAUUACUUUGCUCACCUUCGCCGUCUCCAGUUUGCUCUUCAGUGCUGUUUUGCUUACCUUCAGAGUUUGUACUAGGGAAUUUGAAGUAAAUGAGUCAUCAGUCAUGUCUCUAAAACCCUGAUCUCAUCUCGAGUUUUCUUAUAUCCUUGGAGAAACAUGACGGAGUUAAGCUGGAAGCAUCAUGCCAUAAUUCAAGCUCUAUUGUCACGCGGGCCACUGAAGGAAAAGGACUUUUACUCUCUGUUCAAUGGCCUCACAGGGAAAAACCCAGGCACUGAUCAACAUAAACUCCAAGAGUAUCUUCUGAAGAUAAACAAAGCACUUUCUUUUGUUCAUUUAGAGCUGCGCCGCUGCAUGAAUCAAUAUGAUGCUCAAGUUUAUUACGGAGUGGUCAAUACUGUUUCAGAUGAACAAUCCAAGUUGGGGACAAAGUACACAGUUCCACAAAUUGCUUUUUAUAAGGCCAUUAUUGAAGCAAUAGUACAAGAUGGUACAGCUCAAGGUGUUGUCUCCAACAUUGAUGCUCUGAAUUUUAAACUGGAUAAUCAGGUUACGGUUGCAUCACAAUCUCAAGGAGGCCAGCAUGAAGUCCCACCUGCGUUGAAAUAUUUCUCAAUUUCUCAGAAGGCAAAAACUCUUGAUGAACUUGUGCAGGACCAGUGGCUCAAUUUGACAGCAGAUGGUAAUAUCACACUGGGUGUGAAGUCAUUUCUUGAUCUCCGGAGUUGGUUUCGAAAUAAUGAUGUUCCAUCAUGUCAUGUUUGCAAUGAAGCCGGAGUGAAGGCAGAAUUAUGUCAAAAUGAAGCUUGCACAGUUCGAAUUCAUCACUACUGUCUGAAGCAACUUUUCAAUCGGAGACAGGCAAAGAAAGUUUGCCCAAGCUGUGGCAACCACUGGCAAUAUACACUACCCAAGGAAGAAGCUAUCCAGAUUGAAGAUGACACCGUACCUGGAGCCAGCCAACCGUCGACUCGUUCUAGAGGUAAAAAACGUGGAAACGAUAGAACUCUUGAGGAAGACGCUGUUGGAUGCAGUAAUGGGGAUGAGCAAAAUGAAGGAACAGGAAGCCAGCAUGGUGCAGGAGUUGCACAAAAGAGGCGUAAAACCGCUAGAACCAACGAUGCAGAUGUAAAUGGAUCUGGUGUGUCUCAAUCUUCAUCAUCUACUUCUGACUUCAGAAGAGUAACUCGAAGGUCUGCUCGUCUAAUGUAAAUACUGGCACACUUUUGAGCUGUAUAUUUUUGCUGCUGACGACUGCAUAUUCUGAUUUUUCAACUUUGCUGUGUCACGGAGAUGUUCCCUUGAUUAAUUUGCCGUGAUUGUCUGAAAAUCGAGAAUAUGCUGAUUACAUGAUAGAUUGGCCAGACCGGUCUGAAAAUUCCUACUUUCUAGCUAUCAGAUCCAAAAUCUUUGUUGCUUUUACUUUGAUAUUAACUGAAUAUUUUGCUUGACUCAUUUUGAGGUGCUAGAAACCAGCAUGUUCAUCGGUCUGAUGAAAA